AUGGCGCGAGGUCGACUUCGAGUCUUCCUUGUCCUUCUAUUGCUAUUCAUUCUCGCAUGUCUAUCGGCUUCUUCAGUCCAGAGAUUGUACUAUCUCUUCCGACUGCCUUUCGUAUGGAGAAAAUCUUCAGCUUAUGCGACCAUCUCUCAAGAACGCGACCAUUUCGACCUGACGUUUUCGUCGUUUCCCGCCAAUUAUUCCACGGAGGAUGCGGGAUUGCGUCCGUUAAUCCCAGCGAAAUUGCAUCACAUUCACCUUGGUCCAAAUCCUCCAGCGCAGGAGUGGCUCACAGCCAGGGCCGAUUGUCUCAAACACCAUGACUCGUGGGAAACUUUCCUCUGGAAUGAUACCAAUGCGCCGCAGUUCGUAGAGGAACAUUACCCUCACCUCUAUGAUAUGUGGAAAAGCUAUCCUUUCAUGGUUCAACGUGUUGACGCUCUGCGUUACAUGGCCCUGGACAAGUACGGUGGUGCUGUCCUUGACUUCGACUUGGCCUGCAAACGUUCUCUAGAGCCUCUUCGUCGGUUUGAAUUCGUUGCCCCGGCUGCCCAUCCCUCGGGAUUUUCGAUUGGCAUGAUGCUUGCCUCGCCCAAUAACACGUUUGUCAAAUCAAUGAUCGAGAGUCUACCUAUAUUCAAUCAUAUAUGGCCGCUUCUACCGUAUGUGACGGUGAUGUUCAGUACUGGUUGUCACUAUGCUUCCACUGUGUACACCCUACAAACCAAUCGAUCGAGCCUUCGCAUCCUAUCUGGCACUUCUGAUAACCCAUCAAUGCACAUGUUGAAUGGAUUUGUCAAUACUCCUCUCUUCCGCCAUUUGGGGUCCUCCUCGUGGCACACCAAAGACGCCCGCCUGAUACUCUUGCUCAAGAAUGUUGAACUAAAACUCGUCUUUGUAGCAGCGGUAAUGAUCUUUGGGUUUUUUGCCCUCCUGGUGUGGUGUAUACGAUCGGCGCGCCAUCGUCUGUCAACACGAGACGUCGAAUCUCAUUUGCAAAGUCCUUUAGUCAAGCCUCUGUUUAAAGACACGUAG